UAAAAACAAGAACGAGAACAAAAACAAAAACAAGACGAAGUGUUUGCUGUGAGGCAGAGGGUGUGUCUGUAAUCGCGAUAUUCGACGAGACCGGCGCGAGAUCCAACAUGGCAGCCUACUGCUACAUUGUUUACAAAGCUCCCGCUCUCCGUUUUGGAUUGAAUAAAACCACUUUUCCUUACAUCCUAAGUGGAUUUAAACAACUGAUUGAACUGGUCUGCCGGGAGGACUACAUAAGCGAUUGUUACAACCGGCUCUGCAUGAUGAACGACGCCGAUAAAGAACGGAAAAUGGACAAUUACACACAUACUGAUAGCGAAAAAACAAGAAGCUGUCCCUCCGACUCAUUCAACAACUCAGCAAAACACUGCUGCACUGAGCGUCAGCCCUAAACCUUGAAGGGGAACUUUUCAAGGAUUUGAUGAAGGGCUACAACAAGAAUGUCAGGCCCAUGGAGAACAGUGGUGACAUCACUCAGGUCGGCAUCAAGAUGACGCUCACCAACCUCAUCUCUCUGAAUGAAAAGGAGGAGGCUCUGACAACAAGCGUCUGGAUAGAAAUGCAAUGGUGUGACUACAGGCUUAGAUGGGACCAGCCGCCCAGGUCAGCCCUGUACGGGAACAUCACCUCUGAGCUGAGGGUCCCCUCGAAGAGCAUCUGGCUGCCAGAUGUCAUACUGGAGAACAAUGUGGAUGGACAAUUCGAGGUGGCACUUUACUGCAAUGCGCUGGUGUCUCCCAACGGCUGUGUGUACUGGCUGCCUCCUGCCAUCUACCGCAGUGCUUGUGCCAUCACUGUCAACUACUUCCCCUUUGACUGGCAGAACUGCACCAUGGUCUUCCGCUCCCAGACUUACAGUGCCAAUGAGAUCAAACUGGUUCUCAAAGAGGAGGAUAACCACACGUUGGAGUGGGUCGAUAUUGACCCAGAGGCUUUUACAGCAAUGUUUUUGUUGUUGUUAGAAAAUGGAGAAUGGGUUAUCAAACACAGGCCGGCCAAGAAAGUGAUCAACACUCAGUUCAGUAAAGAUGAGCUGGAGUACCAGGAGGUGGUCUUUUUUCUCAUCAUCCAGAGGAAGCCUCUCUUCUACAUCAUCAACAUCAUCGCCCCCUGUGUGCUUUUCUCCUCCCUCGGCCUCCUUGUCUACUACUUACCUGCCAAAGCGGGUGGUCAGAAGUGCACCAUGUCUAUUGCCACUCUCCUGGGCCAGACUGUGUUCCUCUUCCUGAUCGCUAAGAAGGUUCCAGAGACUUCGAGGGCAGUGCCUCUCAUUGGAAAGUAUUUGAUGUUUGUGAUGUCAGUGACCACCAUGGUGGUGAUGAACUGUGUGAUAGUCCUCAAUGUUUCCCUGAGAACCCCAAACACGCACAUAAUGACAGACAGAGUCAGAAAGAUCCUCCUAAACAUCCUGCCGCGGCUGCUGAGGAUGCAGAUGAGACCCUGGACGCCAAACAAUGACAACACCUCAGAAAAUGGAAGCGGUGAAACUCUGGCUCCAGACACGAACGGCAUGUUUCUGGUCCCCUGCCGACGCCGCAGCUCCAUGACCCUCAUAAAUAAGGCAGAGGAAUAUGUGAUGAGAACAGCUCGUUCUGAACUCAUGUUCACCAGACUCAAAGAAAGAAAUGGCCUGAUGAAAACAGUAUUAGAGACACUACAUGAUGGGCUGGAGGGGGGUACAGCUGAACAUCUGAGUUCCAGUUUGGCAAAGGCCUCUCCAGCACUGAAGCAGUGUGUGGCUUCCUGCAAACACAUAGCCGAGACUGCAAGGCAACAGAACAACUUCCAGAAUGAGAAUGAAGAGUGGUUUCUGGUCGCCCGGGUGAUCGACAGGGUCUGCUUUAUUGUCAUGGCGUCCGUGUUUUUUAUCGGCACCAUUGGGAUCUUCCUGAUGGGACAUUUUAACCAGCCUCCCCCCUUGCCUUUCCUCGGGGAUCCAAAGAAAUAUCUGCCUCCAAUAAACAAUCUCACAGAUGUAACUGAGACUGGGAUAGGAGCAAACUUCCUGGGGUGAACCAGGAGAAAUCUCCAGGUUUUAUCCCUUUUAACCGAAGUGGAACUCUGACAAUGUCUGUCAGUAAUCUUUCACGAAUGACACAGAGAGAAUAAAGAGGACGUGGAGUCUUAGGACUAUCACAGUAGUUGAGACAAAGAUGCUUGCUCAGGGUGACGAAGGAUCCGCUGCACAGCUGUGAGGACCCCACGCUUGAUCCGUGGUGAUGCAUACUGGUAUGAGCUGUGACUGGUUGUUGAGGAAAAGAGUAUUUUUUGCAUAAAAUGCUAUAAAACAAAAAAGAGCACGUUUCCUUGCUCUUCCUGUUUAAUGUUUGAUGUAUGUUUACUUUUUCAAAUUCAGGGCUGUCAUGAUAAACAGUGAAAAACAGCCAAAUGUGCUUCAUGAAUGCUUUUUAUCAAUAAACUGUAAUCUCAUGACUGCUCGCUUUUAGACAUUUCUUGAUCAAGUGUUUGACACCUUUUUUGGAGGCACUUAGAGACCAAUGGCCCACCCCCCACUAAGCUAGCCCCAAAGCACAGACCCACUGUG